AUGUCCAUGUACACUUCUUCGCACACUGUGAUGCCAACCUUUGCGCCUUUGCCAGAACCGGACCUCUCCUUAAACAUAAGCCCACCCUUCUCUUCAGAUUCUGAAACCAAACAAGUGGGAAGAUACAAUGGAUUAACAUUGACUAGAAAAACGCUUUACAACGAUAUGUGCUCAACCUCGGAUUCUGGUAGCAGUGGAAGCGAUUUAAGCCAUGAAAAUGGUCAUCGUGAACCCACAUUGAGCUUAGGCUUCGCAACGGUAGCUUUGAAUCCUCAUCCAGUGCAAGGACUCUCUAGAAACUUUAAUCGCAGUCUCCACAACUACCAACCUCACAUUUAUGCUUGCGACUUCAAACGAAAUGCUAGAAUCAUUCACGGUGUGAAAAGGACCAUUAGAGCUCCUAGAAUGAGAUGGACUACGACCCUCCAUGCUCAUUUUGUUCACGCGGUUCAGCUACUUGGUGGUCAUGAAAGGGCAACUCCGAAGUCUGUGUUAGAGUUAAUGAAUGUUAAGGAUCUAACUCUAGCUCACGUCAAGAGUCACUUGCAGAUGUAUAGAACAGUGAAGAGCACUGACAAAGGCAGCACAGUUGCAGGUUAUGGGCAGACAGAUACGGGGUUGAGCCAAAAGCCAGGAAUUGUCGAUCUGCAUGGAGACUCAGCUUGUGAGAGAGCCAAUUUGCCACAUCCACUACAAAAAUACCAAAGGGCGUCAUCGCAAUCAUCAAUAGGGACAAAGACAAAUAACUACCUACAAAAACCCGAAAUCAAUUCGAUGUAUUCUCAUCUCAAAGGAAACCAAACCAUGUUGGGUGGACAGCAUUAUGGAGGCCUGUCGAAUUGCAUGAAGGAGAGGUUGGAUUCUAGCUCUUUGUCACGUUCCGAUGUGAUGCUUGAUCUAGAGUUCACCCUCGGAAGGACCACUAAUUGCAAACAUACCACGCGGAAUCACCAACAGCAUUAGCUCUUCCCCCAAUUAAGUGUUAAAUAUAUAUACUAACAUUUAUUUUGUCCCUUAAUUAAGCACUCCUCCU